AAAAAUGCUGUUUUGGAUCUAUAAACUAACAGAGUCACAGCUGUCUUUGCGAAUAGCUUGUUUAAAGAACUGGGUAUCGCACAAGAUUCGAUUAGUACUUAAUACUUUCUGUCUGGUGUUCAUCAACCAUCAUACAUGUUGUUUCUUAGUUAGCUUAAGUAAGCAUAGAAUCUCAGCAUCAUGAGGUUGACAACAAGAAAUCUUGUUUACCUAUCAGCUCUAUCCGGUGUUGUAGCCUCACAAAUGAUCAUGAAAGUGGUGAUGAAUCAGCACAGAAGAAAUAAAUUGACCAAAUUAUUUGAGUGCAAUGCAUGACAUUUGUGUUUUUUAGAACUGCCUAGUUUAAGCGAUUUGUAAUCACUAAGGAAAAGAACUGAACUACAAUUAUUUCAAAGUCUCUAAACGAGCUUCUUCAUUGGUAGUUGUAUCGCCAAAGCUAUGAUUUGGCAAACCAUCAAAUAUUAGCAGAGUUUUUUCCCUUUCCAUACUAGUCAUAUUUGGGGUGCAAUCAGAUGAGUGAUAGAGAGGGAUUAUUUGGGGAUGUGAAGGUUGGCUGCCAAAUUUGGUGUAAGAAGUGGCAUUGGAGAAGUUUGACUAGACAUAUAGCUAACCCAUGGAGCUUGGCUUUUGGUGACCCCUUGCCAACUUUUGACAAUCAAGUGUUUUGCCUAACCAACGGAUAAGCUCCAAAAUCUCCAUGUAUAAUCUUACCAUAUAGGCAUAUACAACCAAUCAUCCUAUAUGGAGCUUGAUACCACUUUCGUAGUUACACAAGGGUUACUGCUUUUAUUCUUACGUGGGAAAAGGAGUCCUAGUAAAUUUAGUGUUUAAUUUUUUGAACAAAUAGAUAAUUGGAUUUUUCUUAGGAAGCCAACUACUGAUAUAUCAGUAUGGUUUUAGAAAAUUUUCUUAUCUGUUUUGUUCUACUCUGGGUGUGUAUAUGUGUUUACGAGAUGUCACUUCUAGUGUUAUGAGUCCUAUAUUUUACGAGGAACCUUUAAGUCAUCUGCUGACUGCUUCCGUUGGGCUUUUGUCAUUAAGUUUGCAUUUCUUUUGACUUGUGAUUUUUCAAUGUCGAUCUAGUACUUCAAUGGCACUUAAUUGCACUUUUGUAACUUAUGCAAGUCAAUAAAGUCUCUGGAAGUAGGAUUAUUUUGUCAAUUAUUUACGGGACUCUGGUGAAAUGUAUUUUUAGCCAGGUAAAACGCAAUUUUCUUUUGCCCAUUGAGCUCCUGGCUUCAUUUGCUUGUUUAUGACAUCCUCAUUUUCAUAACUUCACUUCUUUUAAUCUUUUUAAAGUUAUCAUGGACCACUUCCUCUAGAAACAAAGUGGAAGGAGGAGAUAGAGAGAGUUUGGUCGCAUAUAUUCAGAGGAAAUUGCUUGGUACAUGGGCCUUGAUCUGGGAAGAAUCAAAAUAAAGCGGUUCGCUGAUGGCGAGAUUUAUGUUCAGUUGCAAGAAAGCGUUAGAGGGUGUGAUGUGUACUUAGUGCAGCCCACCUGCCCUCCAGCAAAUGAAAAUCUCAUGGAACUUUUGAUUAUGAUAGAUGCUUGUCGAAGGGCAUCGGCUAAAAAUAUCACUGCUGUGAUUCCAUAUUUUGGGUAUGCCAGAGCUGAUAGAAAGACACAAGGGCGUGAAUCCAUUGCUGCAAAACUUGUAGCAAACCUAAUCACAGAAGCAGGUGCAGAUCGUGUUCUUGCUUGUGAUCUUCAUUCCGGGCAGUCCAUGGGUUACUUUGACAUUCCAGUGGAUCACGUAUACUGUCAGCCUGUGAUUCUCGAUUAUCUUGCUAGCAAGACAAUUUGUUCCAAUGAUUUGGUAGUGGUCUCACCUGAUGUUGGAGGAGUCGCUAGAGCACGUGCUUUUGCAAAGAAAUUAUCUGAUGCGCCUUUAGCUAUUGUGGAUAAAAGACGUUAUGGCCACAAUCUUGCUGAGGUGAUGAAUCUAAUCGGUGAUGUUAAAGGAAAAGUUGCAGUUAUGGUGGAUGACAUGAUUGACACUGCUGGUACUAUUGCAAAAGGUGCAGCUCUGUUACAUGAUGAGGGGGCCAGGGAAGUCUAUGCUUGCAGCACUCAUGCUGUUUUCAGCCCUCCUGCAGUUGAAAGGUUGUCUAGCGGCCUGUUUCAAGAGGUCAUCAUCACAAACACAAUUCCGGUGAUGGAGAAGAACUACUUCCCACAGUUGACAGUGCUUUCAGUCGCAAACUUACUGGGUGAAACCAUUUGGCGGGUCCACGAUGAUUGUUCAGUGAGCAGCAUUUUUCAGUGACAUCUAUCUUCAUAUCUAGUGAUUGAACUUCCCGCCAUUUGCGUUGGUGGUGAAUGGUUCAUGUCUCUUCCCUUUGUCUAUCAGAUUUGUUUCCUUGUACCCUUUCCCUUACCCCCUCCCCUCCGUUUACCAAACUGCACCCCACUCCACCCCCUCCCCCCACUCCACCUAUGCUUUGCCUCCUUAAAGGGGAUUUGGGGUGGGUGUUGCGCGGCCUUAAUGGGCUGCAUCUGGGCCAGCUAAGUUGGUCCAAAUUCUAUAUUUUCAAGGGCUUGCAGAGCAGAUCAUUCAGUUGAAGAUCGACGUAAGUUCUUGUUUUUGUCUUAUUGCCGGAUGUUCUGCUAUGGAAUUCCUAGAAAAUGAUAAGUUCAGAUCACAUUGUGCGUCCAAAAAGCCACACAACAUGGUGUUGUGCGCUGUGCGUUCCCUGUUAAAAUGGUUAGGACAGCUUUUAUCAGCAUUUCAACCAGAGCUGCUUGAAGAGCUACUGGUUUUUAUUUCUCCACAUUCAUUCUCUCCCCUGUAAAUUCGAGUGCCUGGAUUUUUUCAAUUAUGCAGGCUAGGCAUUCGGGGAUGAAAACCCAAGUAUUCGAUAUCAAAUUUAGAAAUAUAUUGUUUGUGUAGGACAUACUUGAUCAAACAUUAUGAUAUCUGUAAUUUGAUUAUCCAAGUGAUUAGUUACAAAUA